UGACCAGACGCCGUGCGUAGCACGGCGUCUGACCUCCUCCCAUACCGCCAGUACAGUGAACGGCCAAUUCUAGAAUUUCUACAUUUAAAAAAAAACAUUUUAAAUUAACGCAAUUAAUUAUUUUGGAACUAUACUCACAUUUGGCUAUGCCACGUUGCUGUGCGCAUCCAUUGUCAUCUUUCUUGAUAUCUGAUAGUGAGGUUUUACUGAUUUAAUGCAACAAAUUAACCUAAAACUUGGUCCUUGGUGAUCGCACUAAAAUUCCAAAAUAGUAGCUUCACGAAACAUACGUAUUGCGCAUGCGCAACCGGAAGUGCGAGCACGUGUGCGUUCAAUGUGUUACGGAAAGCUUGUCGUCUGCUGCAGGCUAAAAUGGAGGGAACUAUUUCUUCUUGCAUCAAUUGUAAACAAAAUUUUACACCAAAAAACAAAGGCUUUUAUCGUCAUCAAGUCAAAACAACCACCUCGCCAAGAACAUUCACGGCUAUUUUUAGGAAGCCACCUUCGUUUUAUGAACUGAAUGUUUUUAUUUGUAGACGGUGCUACAGGUUCCUCGUCAGUCAAACAAGGCCAGUACAGAGUAGGAAAAGGACCGCCCGACGGACGCUGCAUCAAGCCGGAUCCCCUGGACAAAGUCCUCAACGAGUACAUGAAGAGUCGGAGGAAUAUGAACAUUCAUCACCUGGACUUUCAACUCCAGCUGCAAAGCGACCCGCGCAUUUUCCGACGCCUGACCUCCAUGCACCAAGACCUAACGGAUCCGUGGAGGAAGCGCAGGACACUCCGCAUGAAUCAUGUCUUCUUGUGCAACAUGACCAUGAUUACACGCCCUCGCGAGAAAUACUGAGGCCAGGUGACGGUGAAUUCGCAGAAGGAGAAAGAUGUAUAUCGUCACCAAAUGAUCAAGUAGAUGCUCACGUGCAGACAAACCUUCCGCCAUCAUCGCCAUCAUCAUCUCUUCUAGACGCAGAACCAUCAAUGAGCAUUGAACUCAACGAUGAGCUUCCGUCUCUCUUUCCUGAAUCUGGUUCGAGACCAACCACUGCAAAGGAGAGGGCUGUAGCGAGUGUCGAAAAUUCGCAAUAUCGCCUCGCAUUCAGACAAUUAUGUGGGAAUUAUCCAGCAGCAAAGAAGGCACUGUUACAGGUCACGCAAGAGAUGAUCCGGGAAGAAGUGAAAGCCAUUAAGCGAUCCGGAAGCGCCUUGAGCCAGCCAGUGACAAUUGGAAAUGUCGCAGAAUUCAGCUGGGAGGAUCUUGUAGAGGACACCGAGAAGAUUAUGCCACUCUCAAUCAGUUGCAUCUCGGCAAUGAUGCCUUCGGUCAAAGGGGCCAAGAGAGGAAGAACAAAAGGAAAGAAAGGCUCUCGGAGGGGACUAUCCGAUAAAGAGGCAAAGGAAAUCAUCGACCGCAGAAUGGGAAUUAUACUAGCCAUGGCAUUAUACACCCACUCGCCACGCAGCUUCCAAUUUGUCCAGGCGACCAUGGGAAUAGAACUGUGGCGCCAAGGAGUGUCCCAGAAAGUCUUCCGGACGCUCAAUCACAGUGGCAUCACCAUGGGAGCAGAGCGCGUCAGGUUCCAUGUCGAUAGAAUGGCGGAAAAUCAUGACCAACAACUUAAAGAGUGGAAGUGUACAAUUGAGGAAGCGCCGAGCAUGACAAUACGUCGGAAGCUAAAGUUCAUUACCGGUCCUCCUACAUUUGGACUCUGUAUUGACAACGUGCAGAAGGGAUGUGAAGCAAAACAUCAAGGCAGAACACAUAGCAACAAAUUCCUCCUUCAGACGAUGUGCUACGCGGCAAGGGACAGGGUGCCAGCUUCUUCGUCAUCCUCGACAGUGAGCGAUGCAGAGGACUUAGACCCGUUUAGCUUCUUGCCCUCACCGGAAGUCUUCAACCGCCAGCGAAUGCGCUUAGUAGAUGUGGUAUCGAACAUCAUGGGGAGGCAUAUGGGCUUUUUAGAGAGCUUAUCUCCUGACCUUCCCAUCACACAAGAACACGCACAAACAGCUGCCAUGGCUAAGAAGUCUGAAAUGGUAACAAUUGGAGUUGUGAACGCCAAUCCUAGUACCACGCAGGGGACAAUUUCAGUCCUGGAGCGCCUCCAGACCUAUGUGCCUGUUACCGAAGGAACACCAACACAGACCCUCGUCAGUGGCGACGGGCUGACAAUCGAACGCAUAUUACACGCCCAGAGAGCGCGAAGUAACGGGGAACGAUGGGAGGACAGACUCGACGCAUUCUUUGCAACACCUCAGGAGUUCCACAAGGAGAUCCUCCUAUUGCAGGACUCGAACAAUGUGUUCUUCAGAGGUCAAAGUAUUUCUGCACGAGGAACACUUGCACAACUGAAAUGCGACUUCAAUCACCAUUCCUUCAAAAAAGACGUGAUGCAAAAUGUUCAGCAUGUCUGGGAUAUGUACGAGUUCGUGACCGAGGCGUACACUCUCCUUUGUGCAUUGAAGUUCUGUGGAACGUCAUCCCUAAACGACAUCCCUGAUAGUUUCCCUGCUAAAGGAACGACAGAGGAACAACUCCAAUGGGUAAAGAGUGUGGCACAACAAGUUGUGGACUACAUAUACCAGGAGCCCGAUAAGUCAUCAGUUCAAGUAGCUGCAGAAGCAUACAAGAAUGAGGCCUCUGAAGGAACAGAUGAUGCACUAGGCUAUUGCCUCUGCAAAUCUGAAAAGAAUGACGACAUGGUGCUGUGUUGCAGUUCAACAUGUCACAAGGCUUGGUUUCACCUUAGUUGUGUUGGGUUGACAGCUGCUCCAGACAAAGAGAAAGACUGGUAUUGCAGCGCCGACUGUGAGAGUGGUCCGAGUUACAUCUACUGUGUGUGCCAGCGGAAAGUCGAUCCAGAGGGCAACACAAACAUGGCGCAGUGCGCAUUGAAAGGAAACUGCAGGGGUCAUGAAUGGUAUCACCACAGAUGCAUUGGUCUUCAGUUGACUGAUCUCUUACCCGAGAAGUGGUAUUGCAGUGAAGAAUGCGCCCUUGAUUCUCAAAACGACGACCAUGUGCUGAACCACAGUAGAGCUCUCGUUCUGGAAGGAUUGCGACAUCUAGCCAGGAGAGCAGCAGUUCGGGCUGGAAAUGGACCAGUCAUGGUUGAAGACUGGAAAAUCGAUCUCAUAACUUUCUGGUCAAAGAGACACCCAAAGUACCUCAUCAAUGCCCACUACUUUUUAGCAUGUAUCGGUGGAUUUGCUCCUUCUGACAUCAGGAACAAUUUGAUCUGGAACAGAGUCAUCAAUGUCACUGGCAAGCCCGGAGGAAACAUAGGGAUGGACCUUGGUACUGAGCACAUUAACAUGGACUACAACGGUAUGAUCGACUUCGCUCAUGGAAAUGUGACUGAGAAACACGCGCAGAGAUGUGCCAAGAUGUCAGGACCAUUUGGUAGGUACCUGGAUAUCAUGUUCAGUGAUGCCGGGAUCGUCUCCAUGAAGACGCCAACUAGGAAGAAAGCAGAGGAUGUAUACAAACAAGAUGUUGCAUUGUUUGUGGAUGAGAACGAUGGAUUUGGACUGUUUGAAUACUUGCCCUUCAGACAACACAAAGGCUUUGAAGGGUUCGACCAUAAAGAGGUGUUGCGAAAUCCAAAGAACCUUGGUAAAAAGCUGAAAGCACUUUCUACGAGAAUGGAUGCACAGCGUCGCAGUGUUAAAUUGUGCACUGACUCAUAG